AUGUCGGCCUCACCUACAACAGCUCCUACACAAUCUGCAAAGCGUCCUCUUGAGGAUCCAUCCUCACCAUCUGCACCAAACGAUCAACCAGAUGCCAAAAGACCUGCUCUAGAUAAGGUUGUGAAGGAUGAUGAUGAUUCAGAAAAGAAGACUCCCGCCGUCGAAACCGAACUUCCUGUCCACACCAAUUCAAACGGGAAUGCGAAACCUGAUGAAGUCAAUGGAACAAAACCAGAAGUAAAGGAUGCUCAAGGGGAUACGGUGGUCGUUGAUGCUCCUACUACCGAAGCAGCCCAACCUAUCCAGACUACUGCCUCUGCUGCCAAACCCGAAGGAUCUUCAUCUGGAAAUGCUCUACCACAUGAUGAAAGCGGAUGGAUACAUGUUCGAUCAGUCAUUACAAGUGCUGAAGCUGCCACCGUUAUUGGCAAAGGAGGGGAAAACGUUUCACUGGUUCGAAAACUGUCUGGUGCAAAAUGUACCGUCAGUGAUUAUCAAAAGGGUGCAGUGGAAAGAAUUUUGACUGUCAGCGGUGUUGUUGAUGCAGUAGCAAAGGCAUUCGGUUUGAUUAUCCGAACAUUGAACAAUGAACCCCUCGAAGCUCCUUCCGACUCUAACUCCAAGACGUACCCUCUCCGACUUCUCAUUCCACAUAUCUUGAUUGGUUCUAUAAUUGGUAAAGGUGGUGUUCGUAUCAGAGAAAUCCAAGAAGCUUCAGGAGCUCGUUUGAAUGCUUCUGAUUCGUACCUUCCACUUUCGACGGAGAGAUCACUUGUCGUUCUUGGUGUCGCAGAUGCUGUUCAUAUCGCGACCUAUUACGUGGGUAGCACAUUGUUCGAACAAUUGACCGAGAGAUUUGGUGGUCCAGCCGCAUCUGCUUAUGCAUCAAGAAGUGGUGGACCUGCAGGUGUGGUCCCAGGUGGCAUGCAGGUUGUUCCAUAUGUUCCACAACCAGCUGGUGGAAAUUACGGUCACCCUGACAACCAUCGUCGUUCUGAUCGUGGUUCUCAUCAUACUCCUGGAAAUAGCUAUGCCCAACCAUACGGUCAAGGACAAGCACCUCAUCAACAACCAGCGGCUGCUGCACAUUAUGGUGGGCAUGCUUCUCCAGCAGUUGGUUAUGGUGGAGUGGGUCCACAGCAACCACAACAAGCUGGCCACGCUGUUCCUCAACCACAUGCUACGGGUCCACAAGGUCAGCCCAUGGCAGGAGCUAUUCCUGGUCAACCUUUAACCCAACAAAUUUUCAUUCCAAAUGACAUGGUUGGAGCUAUAAUUGGUAAAGGUGGUGCUAAGAUCAAUGAAAUCAGACAGCUCAGUGGUAGUGUCAUUAAGAUCAAUGAACCUCAAGAUAAUUCAAAUGAAAGAUUGGUUACAAUUACAGGAACCGCAGAAUGCAAUCAAAUGGCAUUAUACAUGCUUUACUCAAGGCUAGAGAAUGAACGUCACAGAGCAUCAAGCUAA